CCAUGUUAUUUUUUGUUCGUUUCGUUCGUUGUUUGGAUGAUUUGUGUUGUGUAUUAUUGUGAAUAGUUUUGCACUGAGUAUGUUUUGGACGAAUUCUGGAUCUUAAAGGCAAACUUAGAAGCAGAAUGUCAGGUGGUCAGCUUGUAGUUCUGGACCGUUUGGGGCGCGACGUGAAGCGCUAUCAGCUGCCAGAGGGACUCGCUACCCUGGGCAGCGACCCAGCUUGUGACAUCCGGAUAAUGUUGCCGAGUGUCAGUGCUCAUCAUGCCACUGUUGUGGUACAUGCUAACCAGACAGUGGUUCGCAACGUGAGCACAGGCUCCACACUGGUGAAUGGGCGCCCAGUGAGCGUGGCGGCAUUGCGACACCGAGACACCAUCGAGAUUGGAGGCCGGGCGCUACGCUGGGACUACAGCGACCCUACUGCCGACAGGCCUCUGGCGCCGCAGCCUGCAUUAUAUUCCCGCACUCGCACAAGCCGCAGCGGAAGCCCUAAAAGGAAUCGUCGAGGCAGUGCCUCCGCCCCCGCCACUGCCCGUUCUCCAACACUCCGCCUCGCCAUAGAGAUGUCUCACCGUGCCUCCAUGCCCGGCCAGCUCGCCAGACAGGUGGCCAUCGUGCAGCCCCAGCGUCGGGACACACAGAGUCAAGUAACCCCGGCCAGACAGACUUCAUCCACGAAGCGAUCCAGAGCGAGCAAGAACGGGACUGAACUGGACUCAUCUGUGGUGGAAGGGGAGACUUCCAAACGCAAGUCCAUAGCCCGGCCCAGCCCUAAGAACACUAGCUUGCAGGGCACCACCAAAGCGAGCCAAUGGAUAGAAUCCCGGAAGAGCGUCCCCCGCAAGAGUUCCCGUCCCCACGCCCCGCUGCUAUUCACCAGCUCCCCCCGAGCACAGUCCGCUAGGAAGGUCACUCCGCUGCGGACUACAGUUCUAAGAAGAGCCCAGAGUGCCAGCAAGAGAGUUACAAAGAUUGAAGCGCCGCUUACUAUAGAUCACACAAAACAAGCGGCCAUUCUGCUGAUGACUCGGCACACCCCCAAGAAGCCUGGCAGCCCCCAGCCCUCGCACGUCGUCAGGAAGCGCUCCCCGCGCUGCGCCCCGCGCGCCGGCACGGCCUCACACACGCCUCAGCAGAGGGAAUCCUCAGCCAUGACGUCGUCGCCAGGGAACGUGAGCGCGGCUCCUGCACAGACCUCGGGGAGGCAACCCGGGAGUGUAGCAAGAACGUCUGCUGUGACGUCAUCGGCGACCCCCGGCAGGACGUCCCGGGGGAGGAAGUCGAAGGCGCAGAGUGUGACGACUGAUGCAACAUUAGUAGAUGUGAGUGACUCCAACCCCGCUUGCUCGCCGCCGCUGCCCUCCCCCAAGAAGUCGGCCCUCAAGGACCCGGCCGCCAAAAAGUCUACCAGGAAAACCGAAUCCAUCAAGUUCGACCUCAGCAACCUCGAGAAUCUCGACGACCAAUCGGGGGACGUGUUCUUCGUCAGUGACGUCACGAAGGACGCGGACGACAGCCAAUCGGAGGGCGACAUGACUUUGCAUUACGAGUCGAGCGUCAAAUCGCCGUCGCCGAGGAAGUCCAUACACUCUCGCAGCAGUAGAAUCCUGGAACGCACCUUGGGAACGACUCUAUCGGAGCCGAGAGCGAUUUGCAGUACACUGACGGCCGAGUCCCCGAGACCGAGGAAGUCCUCUAGAGUGAGCGUCAUUGUACAGAAAGCUCUAGAAACGCCUGGAAAUUCACGAUACUCUCAAAGGACUACGAAAUCUUUAUCCGAUGAGAGUUAUGAUACAACUGUAGCGUCUGCCUUCCAAACUCGCACGCUAAGUCCUCGCUCUCCGAGUCAAAAUCUAGAAUCAUAUUCGAUCGUCGAUUUAGUGUCAGUCGACUCGAAUCGAUCGGAAAAUUCGUCGAUUUACAACUCGAUGAGAACGACUAAGAGCAGCGACAGUUUCGGUACGCCUCAAAACAGCAUCGGUAGGAAAACUAGAUCUACCAUAGACCCAUCAUUAUUGACUUCAAGUACACCAUAUGUUGCUAAAACUACUAGAGGUUCCAAAAGGUCUUUAUCCAGUGCUAAUAUAUCGCAAAAUUCUAAAACUUCUCAAAUUUCGCGUGGGUCUUCACGUAGAUCCAAAUCUUGGUCGACCCCAGAAAAUACACAAAAACACAUAUCAGUUAACAGUACGAGAGUGUCCCGCGCUUCGCGCAGUCGCUCAAGGCUAAAUGACAGUGAUUUGCUGCUCAUUUCAACAGUCUCUGAUGAUGAAUCCUCCCCUAAAUCUUCCAAACGAGCAAGCAGAGCCACUAAUUCCGUUUCGCUUGAAAAAUCAUCUGUAAUAAGUCCAAAGACUAUCAUAACUGGAACUCGCAAAUCUAAAUCGCUAUCGAGUUCUAAAUCGUUGAAUGUAAGUCCGAAUUCUAAAAUAAGUCCAGCAACACGCAAAACAAAGUCUUUGUCGAGCCCUAGAUCCCUAUCCAGUCCUGUGAUUAAUAUAAGCGCUGUGACUCGCAAAACUAAAUCUUUAUCAAGACCCAAAUCGCUUCAGUCAAGUCCUAAGACUAAUGUUUCUACAACUCGAAAAUCUAGAACUACAUUGAGCCCUAAGUCUCCUAUAAAUAGCCCUAAGGAUAAUACAGGAAAUCAACGUAAAACCCGUAGUAACUUAUCUCUUAGUAUCUCAAAUGUAACAAACGAGGGCAUAUGUACUCCCGAAAACAGGCAAAGCCCUGUGGAAGAAGUCUGUACGCCAGUUCUGAGCAUCCAAAAUCUAUUGGACUCGACUCAGAGUUCAUUGACCUCUCUAAGGUCAUCAAAACAGGGGAGAGGCUCGUUGAAACCUCCGAAGCCAAAGAAAGAUCGCAAAUCGUUGAAAUCUAAAUCGUUCAACUUUGGCGCGAGAAACACCGCGUCCAGAUUAAGCAAGGAGUCAAAUUCUGACAGGAACGAGGGAAGUAACUCGAUGAUUGUGGAAGAUGUAGUGACGCCAAAGAGUGCGGUGAAGUUGGUGCAAGAAGCGGUCAAAAAUAAGCAUUCGACCGCUAAGAAACCGCUGUCGAAACGAUCCAUAAUCGACGAUUUGAACGAGUCUGAUUUCGUGAAACAGUUGUUCAAUAGUCCAGUGAAACGGAAACUAUCUCAGAGCAUGACGGAAUUCUCUCGUAAACAAUUAUUUGAUGACGAUGAUGUACCAAAGAGACCGACAAGGCAUACUGUGGCGUUGGGACAAACGCCAGAUAACUCAAUUUUGAACGAAACUGGAUCAUAUACUCCAGAAGUAUUCGUCAGUCCCCUGGGAACUCCAAAUAACAGCCCCAAUUUGACAGGAAUCAAGAGAUUGUUCAAGAAACAGACGCCUGAUAAUGAUUUGCGCAAUGUCAAAGGCGUAAAGGGUCUCUUACGAACGCCUCGUACGCGAAGAUCGAUUAAAAAUGAUCUGACUCGCGUUUCAGGAGUCAAAAACGUAUUCGCGAGGUCUCCAAAGAACAGAUUAAGCGAUGUCAGAGUCAAAGAAGUAUUCGCGGCGUCUCCUAAGAAUGAUUUGAGACGUGUGACCGGUGUUAAGUCACUGUUUCAGACGCAGAAGAAGGCGAAAUCUCCUAAAAACGAUUUGAGAGAUGUAAGAGGAGUCAAAAAACUCUUUGGAGCUAGCAGUCCAGCAAACGAUUUGCGUAAUGUAUCUGGCGUUAAGAAGGUUUUGCGAAAGAAUUCGCCUCGCAAUGACUUGAGCGACGUCCGUGGCGUCAAGGCGAUGUUCCGUCAGGAGAAGGAACAGAAUGACAUUAACGUCAGUGGAGUUGAGGAGCUGUUCAACGAAUCAACUCAUUCGUAUAGAGAUAGCGAGUUGCUAUUUGAUAGAUUGAUCGGCAGGCCGCCGAUCAAAGCGGUUUACUCUCGAACUUUCAUCAAGAAGAAUGAGAAGCCGCGUAAGAGGCGUCGUUCUUUGCACGUGUCUAUCGACGAAAUAAUCGAAAAGCCUGAAGAAUGGCUUCAAAAGGAGUUACAAAAGUGUUUGGAAAAAAAACGUGCCCGGGAAUUGCAGAAACUAGCGACGAGUACAGUCGAAGGGAACGCUCCGCUGUGUACGUCGCGCGCGCGCAAUAGUACUUUAACUCAAAGCGAGGAAAACGUGUCAAGAAAGAGAUCCACCGCUGAGAAUUACAGCUCACACACGUUGCCCAUUAAGAAGAGGUCGUUAGCGUCGAGGGACAGCUCUAGAGUUUCCCGCGGCUCGAGUGCUAGUGGCAUAGACGCUAUGGGGCGCGUGCUGCCGCUGAAGAAGCGCGCGCUGGUGCACUCCACGCCGCUGAAGGGGCGCGCGCGCGCGCCGGCCGCGCUGGGCCGCGUGUCGCCCAUCGCGCGCGCCGACCACUCUGCCAGUUUCACAACAACUGUGGUCGAAGUGCCAGUUUUACAGACUUCGGAAUGCGAUACAAAAGUGAAGGGUGUCACUUCGGUAACCAAAAUAGUAGUUUCACCCAAAAGGACACGAGGCAAAGUCCGUGGCAAGGCCUCAGUCGUCGUUUCACCUAAAACUGCACCAGUUGUCGUGUCACCGAAGAAAACAAUAGUUCUUUCACCGAAAGUAACAAGAAUGAGCGCGAAAAACGAUUCUGGUGUGAAAAAACGCGCGACUUUGGUUGUUGCGAAAAAAGCGCCAGUCAUGAGUCCAAAACCCGCCGCAAAUGUGCAAGAAAAAUCACCGAGCCCCAAGAAAAGAACUACUCGGAGACAGAAGAACACUGAAACGGAAUCAGUAGAUAUUCAGAAACCAAAAUCGCCGAAAAGGACGAGAGGAAAGCGAGUCAGUUUAGUUGUUUCCAAACCGUCGCCAAAAAUGAAGCCACGAGUGACGAAGGCUCAAGCUGCUUUAAGUCAGAAGGAAACUUCUGCAGGUCAAAGCGAAGUGCCCAAUAAACAACGACGCACAAGAAAAACUACAGCUCCCACUGAGGUUGUGGACAAGAAGACUGAAUCUCCUAAAGGCCGCACGACUAGACACCGUAAGAACACUGACGUAGAAGUAACUAAACCUGCAACUAAGUCUAAAUCACCGAAAACAAACAAAACAGAAAGCGUUGAAGAGAAGCCGACAAAAACUAGGGGUAAAAAGGCAGUCAUUGAAACCAAUAAAGGCAGUGGUAAGAAGAGCGAUGCGGUUGAAAAAACUGUACCGGCAAAGCGGGGACGCAAAACGGAAACAGUUGAAACACCAGCGCCGAAAAAGGCUAAAGAUAGCGAAGAGCAAAAACCUGUAGCAACGAGGAGGGGUCGAAAUACUGUAGGAAAGGUUGAAUCGCCAAAACGAGGCAGAAAAACUCAAGAUGUUGAAGCAAAGAAAGGAAGGGGUGCAAAAGUAGAGGCGAAUAAAUCUGUAUCAUCGAAAAGGGGGCGGAAAAUUGACACGAAAGAAGAAAAAACGUUAACUAGAGGACGGAAAACAGAUGCACAAGAGGUAAAAGUUGCACAAAAAGAGGUCAAAGUCGCACAAAAAGAUGUAAAAGUAGCACAAAAAAGAGGCAAAAAGGCUGAUAAAAGUGAACAAAGCAAUAUUAGUGCAUCUCCUGUAAGAAGGAGAGGUAAAGUGAGUGAGGCGCAAGAAAAGAAGACUCGGGGGAAGAAAGCAGAUGCAGAAACAGAGGUAAAACCAAAUCGGGCGAGCAAAGCGGAAGCCAACAGGAAACGGAAGUCUACGGCCGAAGUAGAGGUUCCCAGCAAGGUGCGGAAGACGAGGGCCGGCGGCGUGGCCGACGCCAAGGCGCAGGCGGGCAGCGGGGCCGCCCGCGGGAAACAGUCUGUGGCCGAAACGGCGCCAGCUACGCGAAAGAGGAAGACCGCUGACACCCCCGCCAAACCUGCUAAAGAAUCAGGCAAGCGAGCGAAACGCGUAGUGGCCAAGCCGGCGUCGCCGGUGAAGCGCAGCGCCAGGAGUAAGGCUAUUACGGAAACAAAGAAGAGUACUCGCGGCAAGAGAUAACGGCCGGACGGAGGAACACAGGUUCGCUACAAAGUACAAAUUUUAUCUCUAAGGUACAUAAAGGUGCUGCAGAGAUGACUAUAUUUCAUAAACCACGACUGGUAUAGAAAAUUUAUAUUUUUUAUUUGAUGUUUCUGAUGUUUAACCCUGUUUUUCGAGAUGUUCAAUUUCCAUGGAAUUAUCGCCUCAAGUCGAAGGCUACACUGAAUGUGAAUGAACUGAUAUUAGUAAUGAGAGGUUUUAAAAAUGGACGGUAGGUGGCAGCACAUUGAUGGCGGUUCAAUAAUCUUUUGUGAUUGGACCAGCACUUGACAGAUUACUUUUAUUUAUUUUUUAUUGAGGACAUUGACUGACUGAUUGACGAUACACAGAAAAUUACCAGGUCUACAGAAUUGGAAUUCGGUAUGUAACAGAUUUUCUGAUAUUCCUGUGGGAACAGAAACUUUUUUUUUACAGAAAUUUUUCUAGUUCAGAAUUUUAAAAAAGCACUCAAUAUGCAACUACUUAAAUGUUUCACUUGUCUGAAUUAGUUGGUGAAUUAUCUAGGACGUCUGACUUUACUCAAUUGAACGCGUUUUAUUCAGAAAACAUUUACUGUUCAAAGUUAUAUAACCUGUUUAGGUUUUCAAACAACUCUUGGUUUUAACUGUGCUGCCAUCUAGAUAAUUUUCUUUAAUUCUUCUUUUGUUUUUAGAAUGGCUUUAGUUAUAGUUUGAUUGUGUUCCAUUUUAGUUAUAAUUUUAUAACGCUAUCAUGAUUACCUAGUUUAUUUCAUUCUAUGUUAUCUCAGUUGUAUAAAUGGGUUAUUAAUGAUUUACUUACACCAAGUGAAUAUUCGAAGUCUCGUCCCAGCAAAAGACUUUUUCUCUGUUAAGUAUUAAUACAUUCAUCAUAAGAACUUCACACGUGUCUGAAAAUUUCUGCAUCAUUUUGGAACUAAACUUCAAAGUUUCUUGUUCCACUGCUCGAUAAAUUCCAUCAUUGUCUGUGUUUUAUUAAUUUCAACUGUUUAUACAACUGAGCGUUAUUUCAUUAUUUAGAUAGAUAUUGGAAUGUUUUGAAAGCCCGUCAAACAUAAAUUGGCACUACUUUUACUAGUACUGAUAUAACAACUGAUCCGGGACAGGGACCGUUGUACAUUUUACGUGCAACAAGUUUUAAAACAUUUGUGCCAACUUAUAUUUGACGCGAUAAAUGCCAAUUAGGAGCAUAAGCCGCUACCAGAGCAAGUUUUAAAAGUAUUUUGUUGUAAGAAAUAGAGACUUACAAGACUACAACUUUGGCAAUAAGCUCUCGUGUUCGUAUACUAAAGGUGUCUUUAUAGUUUUAAUAAAUUUGCCAUUUAGGUUCGUCGAGACAAUAUGGAGUCAUAUGAUGACUUUAAAAUGAUGAACUUUAUAU